AGGCUUGGUUAGCGAUUAUUGGGUUCUUCAGUAGCGUUUUCUUCUUGUUCUCAAAUUGGGGUUUCUGCCGGAGCGCUUCUGCUAUGAAAUUCUCUUCAUUGAUUUUUCCCUUUUUCUUUAACAAGUCUUCCUUCGUUUCACUCAAUUGAAUCUGAGUACUAGGGUUUAUAGAUUGACAAUGCCAUCUCCAUAUCUCCACCAUGUGUAAACCCUACUAACUCCAGAAUUCCCAAAUUGGAACCCUAUAUAUAUAUAUAAUUUUGCAUCCACCCUCGAGAAAUCCUCCUCACGACAUCCACAAGAAUGUCAAUCUCGCAAGACCUGUACCCAAGUGAAGAGGAUUAUCUGUACGAGGAAGAGGUUCUCCGCAACCCAAACAGCCUUAAGCUAUGGUGGCGAUACUUAAUCGCCCGCAGCGAAGCCCCUUUCAAGAAACGCGCAAUUAUUUACGAGCGUGCCCUGAAAGCUUUGCCCGGAAGCUACAAGCUAUGGCACGCUUAUCUCCGCGAGCGCCUCGAGAUUGUUAGGAACUUGCCCAUUACGCACUCUCAGUUUCAAACCCUAAACAACACCUUCGAACGAGCUCUCGCCACGAUGCACAAGAUGCCGCGUAUUUGGAUCAUGUACCUGCAGUCAUUGACACAGCAAAAGUUGAUUACCAAGACGCGGCGCACUUUUGAUCGAGCAUUAUGCGCGCUCCCAGUUACUCAGCAUGAUAGGAUUUGGGAAUAUUAUUUGAUUUUUGUGUCGCAGAAGGGUGUUCCGAUCGAGACCUCUUUGAGAGUGUACAGGAGGUAUUUGAAAUAUGACCCUGGUCAUAUUGAGGAUUUUAUUGAGUUUUUGAUUAAUUCGGAGUUGUGGCAGGAGGCAGCGGAGAGGCUGGCAGGGGUUUUGAAUGACGAUCAGUUUUUCUCAAUAAAGGGGAAAACAAGGCACAGGUUGUGGUUGGAAUUGUGUGAUCUGUUGACACAACAUGCGAGUGAGAUAUCAGGAUUGAAUGUGGACGCAAUAAUUAGAGGAGGGAUUAGGAAGUUUACGGAUGAGGUUGGGCGGUUGUGGACAUCUUUGGCGGACUAUUAUAUCAGGAGGGGUUUGCUGGAGAAGGCCAGGGAUAUUUUUGAGGAAGGAAUGACAACAGUGAUUACUGUGAGGGAUUUUAGUGUUAUAUUUGAUGCAUAUUCACAGUUUGAGGAGAGUAUGCUGUCCAUCAAAAUGGAAACUUUGGAUGAUAGUGACGAUGAGGAUAAUGAGAAUGGAGAGGAGGAGGAGGAGGAAGAAGAGGAGGACGAUAGGUUGGAUAUCGAGAAGUUGAGGAAGAGGAUUGACAAGUUUUGGUUGAAGGAUGACAAGGAUGUGGAUUUGAGGUUGGCAAGAUUGGAGUAUCUGAUGGAUAGGAGGCCAGAGUUGGCUAACAGUGUGCUCUUGAGACAGAAUCCUCACAAUGUAGAACAAUGGCAUAGGAGGAUUAAGCUCUUUGAGGGAAAUCCCACAAAGCAAAUUUUGACUUACACAGAGGCAGUGAGGACAGUGGACCCAAUGAAGGCUGUCGGAAAACCACAUACUCUGUGGGUAGCAUUUGCUAAGUUAUAUGAGAGCCAUAGAGAUGUUUCCAAUGCUCGGGUGAUUUUUGAUAAGGCCGUGCAGGUCAAUUAUAAGACUGUGGAUCAUCUAGCCAGCGUUUGGUGUGAAUGGGCAGAGAUGGAGCUCAGACACAAAAAUUUUAAGGGUGCAUUGGAACUGAUGCGCCGUGCUACUGCAGAACCCUCUGUUGAGGUCAAGAGGAGAGUGGCUGCUGAUGGCAAUGAACCAGUGCAGAUAAAGCUUCAUAAAUCCCUUAGGCUGUGGACAUUUUAUGUUGAUUUGGAGGAAAGUCUGGGCAGCCUGGAGUCAACUCGUGCAGUUUAUGAGAGAAUAUUGGAUUUGAGAAUAGCCACUCCCCAAAUUAUAAUAAACUACGCCAUGCUUUUAGAAGAUAACAAAUAUUUUGAAGAUGCAUUUAAAGUUUACGAGAGAGGCGUCAAGAUAUUUAAAUACCCACAUGUGAAAGAUAUCUGGGUCACUUAUCUUUCCAAGUUUGUCAAGAGAUAUGGGAAGUCAAAAUUGGAACGAGCUCGGGAGUUAUUUGAGCAUGCAGUUGAAAUGGCCCCUGCAGAAUCUGUGAAACCUCUAUAUCUUCAAUACGCUAAGCUAGAGGAAGACUAUGGUCUGGCUAAAAGAGCAAUGAGGGUAUACGAUCAAGCAACCAAGGCUGUCCCAGCUAAUGAGAAAUUGGGCAUGUAUGAAAUUUACAUUGCCCGGGCAGCUGAAAUAUUUGGUGUACCAAAAACUAGAGAGAUUUACGAGCAAGCUAUAGAAUCGGGCCUGCCAGACAAGGAUGUGAAGGUCAUGUGUCUAAAGUAUGCUGAACUUGAGAAGAGCCUUGGUGAAAUCGACCGCAGUCGCGCAUUAUAUAAACACGCUUCGCAGUUUGCUGACCCGAGAACUGAUCCCGACUUCUGGAACAAAUGGCAUGAGUUUGAGGUGCAGCAUGGAAAUGAAGAUACCUUCAGAGAGAUGCUCCGAGUGAAAAGAAGUGUAUCUGCUAGUUAUAGCCAGACGCACUUUAUCCUACCAGAGUAUUUAAUGCAAAAGGAUCAGAUGCAGACCCUUGAGGAAGCUAAGGAUGUUCUUAAGAAAGCGGGUAUGGCUGAUGAUGAAAUGGCUGCCCUUGAAAGGCAGUUAGUCCCCUCUGCAAAUGAAACCACAGCGAAUGAUACUGGUAGACGACUAGGGUUUGUGAGUGCUGGGUUGCAGAACGGAGGGGAGACGAUGGCAAACAAGGAGGAUAUUGAACUUCCCGAAGAUAGUGACUCUGAAGAUGAUGAAAAGGUUGAGAUAGCACAGAAAGAUGUUCCAACAGCAGUAUUUGGAGGUUUGGUGCGGAAAAGAGAUGAGACGGAUGAAGAUGUGGAAAACGGUAAAUCAACUGUUACAGAAAGCAACAAUGAUGGGCAUCUAGGUGCCCUGGAGAGAAUAAAAAGAAUGAGGAGAGGCGCAUAAUUAGUUGUUAAAUCUAUUCAUGCUAUUUUCUUGAUGAAAUGAUCUUACUCUCCGAGACACGCUCAUCACUCUGAGGUUUUCUGUAUAUUGCUGGGGUACUAGAUUAAUACUCCGUGCAAGGGAAUUUGCUUGGGCUUAAGUAGCCCACUGUUGUUGUAGUUUGUUUCAGAACCUGCGUAUUUCAGUUUUGUUGUAAAUGUACGAAUCAAACUGACAGGGAAACUAGUUUUUUGGAGCCUC